AGUCACAUUCAUUCAAAAUUAAAAAAUAUUUUGCCAACUCGACGAUCGCCAUUUUUCUCCACAUCGAUUUGAAGAUAUUUCGUCACGUGACAGAUUGCAGCGCCAUCUAAAGACCAAUUGCAGCCAUGAUGGACGGAGUCGAUGACAGCCCUGACCUCUUAGCCGAGGAUCAGAAUCAAAAAGAACGAACCAAUUCAGAAAAUGUCGACCUAUCGACAGAUACAUCCCUCGUUGUUGACAUUUCAGACGCCCUGAGUGAGAGAGAUAAAGUGAAAUUCACAGUUCAUACAAAGACUACAUUGCCAGAUUUCCGGGAUGCCGAAUUCUCAGUUGUUCGACAACAUGAAGAAUUUGUGUGGCUCCAUGAUCGCUAUGAAGAGAAUGAGGAUUAUGGGGGCAUUGUCAUACCUCCCUCACCCCCUAAACCAGACUUUGAUGCGUCGCGAGAGAAGCUACAAAAACUAGGAGAGGGAGAGGGAACCAUGACGAAAGAAGAAUUCACAAAAAUGAAACAAGAACUAGAGGCCGAGUACCUAGCGACAUUCAAGAAGACGGUUGCCAUGCAUGAGGUGUUUCUCCAAAGAUGUGCCGCACAUCCAACUCUUAGAACUGACGUAAACUUUAAGGUUUUCCUGGAAUAUGAACAAGAUUUAAGUGUACGAGGCAAGAACAAAAAAGAGAAGCUGGGUGGAUUUUUUAAAUUUGUAACAAAAUCAGCAGAUGAGCUACUUCUUUCACAAACACAAAAGGACAGUGAUGACUUUUUUGAACAUCAGAAAACCUUCCUAGUGGAAUACCAUGAAAAGAUAAAAGAUGCUACUACUAAAUCGGACAAGAUGACAAAGGUCCAUAAAAAUGUAGCAGACACUUACAUCCAGAUUUCUAGUGCAUUAUCCCAAAUAGCUACUAUAGAAAACACUGAACUAGACAAGAUGCUUGUUAAACUAGGAGAUGGCAUGGAGAAGGCAAGGAAGCUAGAGGGAAGAGCAGCUUCGGACGAGGAUCUAAAACUUUCCGACACCUUAAGAUAUUACCUACGUGACUCCGAGGCAGCAAAGAGUUUACUGUAUCGACGAAUGCGCUCGUUAGCUAACUAUGAAAAUGCUAAUAAAGCACUAGACAAAGCCCGGGCCAAGAAUAAAGAUGUUCAAGCUGCUGAGAAUACGCAACAGACUUGCUGUGAGAAGUUUGAAAAGAUCUCUGAACAAGCUAAAGGAGAAUUAGGUGACUUUAAAGAAAGACGAAUUCAACAUUUCCGUAAAAAUUUUGUGGAUUUAGCAGAGUUAGAAAUUAAACAUGCAAAGGCACAAGUUCAACUCUUCAAAGGCCUAAUUACCCAAAUAAAAGAAAACUCCUAAAAACCAUAGAAAUAUAGAUCAGUAUUUGGAUUUGUACAUAUAUUCCCGCCACUAGAUCGAGUAAUGGAUUUAUACAUAGAUGCUAUAAUUUUGUAUGUGCAAAUAGACGCAGUUUGAAACGUCAUAGAUAAUUUUACACAGA